CGUUAAGGCGGGGGAGCGCUCGGCGCCGGGAGCAGAGCGCUCCCGGUAUCCCGGCUCCGCCACCCCCGGCCGGUCCUGCCCUGCCCCCGCCCCGUCCGGGCAGCGCCGCACCGAGCCGCGUCCCCACGCAGUGACCAUGGAGUACACGCCGCCCCCCAAGCCGCAGCUCUCCUCCCGGGCCAACGCCUUCUCCAUCGCCGCGCUCAUGUCGAGCGGCAGCUCUAAGGACAAGGAGUCCCCCGAGAGCACCAUCAAGCCUCUGGAACAAUUCGUUGAGAAAUCCUCCUGCGCCCAGCCUUUGAGUGAUUUAUCCAGCCUGGACCCUCACGGGGAUUUUAGCAGCAGCCCUUCUUCCCUGUGCACCGAGCCCCUCAUCCCCACCACCCCCAUCAUCCCCAGCGAGGAGAUGGCCAAAAUCUCCUGCAGCCUGGAGACCAAAGAGCUCUGGGACAAGUUUCAUGAACUGGGUACCGAGAUGAUCAUCACCAAAUCCGGGAGGAGAAUGUUUCCUACGAUCAGGGUUUCCUUCUCGGGAGUGGAUCCUGAGGCCAAGUAUAUUGUGUUAAUGGAUAUAGUUCCUGUGGACAAUAAAAGAUAUAGAUAUGCCUACCACAGGUCUUCCUGGUUAGUGGCUGGAAAAGCUGACCCUCCUCUCCCUGCAAGGUUGUAUGUGCACCCUGACUCCCCGUUCACAGGAGAGCAACUGCUGAAGCAGAUGGUGUCCUUUGAAAAAGUCAAACUCACCAACAACGAGCUGGAUCAGCAUGGCCAUAUCAUUCUGAACUCCAUGCACAAGUACCAGCCAAGGGUGCACAUCAUUAAGAAGAAGGAUCACACAGCUUCUUUGCUAAAUCUGAAAUCAGAAGAGUUCAGAACAUUCAUCUUUCCAGAGACAGUUUUUACUGCUGUUACUGCCUACCAGAAUCAAUUGAUAACCAAGUUGAAAAUUGACAGCAACCCUUUUGCUAAAGGAUUCCGUGACUCUUCCAGACUCACUGAUAUCGAGAGAGAAAGUGUGGAGAGCCUUAUCCAAAAGCAUUCCUAUGCUCGAUCCCCCAUUCGGACCUAUGGAGGAGAAGAUGAUCUUGGAGAUGACAGCCAGGCAACACAAAGCAGAGGGUCAGCCUUUACAACAUCUGAUAAUCUGCCCCUCAGUUCCUGGGUUUCCUCUUCAACCAGUUUCCCAGGAUUUCAGCAUCCACAGUCUUUGAGUGCCCUGGGUACCAGCACUGCAUCCAUAGCUACACCCAUUCCUCAUCCAAUCCAAGGAUCUCUGCCUCCAUACAGCCGCCUGGGAAUGCCUCUUACACCCUCUGCUAUAGCCAGCUCCAUGCAAGGUAGCGGCCCCACUUUCCCAUCCUUCCACAUGCCAAGGUACCACCAUUAUUUUCAGCAGGGUCCUUAUGCAGCUAUCCAAGGACUGCGUCACUCUUCCGCAGUGAUGACACCGUUUGUAUGAGUGACGUGUGGCAAGAGGAACACGAGAUUUUAAAAGUGCAACUUUGCUAUGACAAAAUACAAGGGACCUUCCUGAAAGGCCUGUGGCAGGAGUGCUGAACUCAUGACAAACCAGCUAAGAAAAUGCAUUGUGGAUACAGAUUCCUCUCUUGAGGGAUCACAAGAAGAGAGCACGCAGCUUGGAGCUGCUCACAUAUCUAUGUGUAACACAGCCAAAAUGGAUCCCAAAGUCCCCAGGAUCUUUGGUCGCGUGCAGCUUGUUCCAAAGGUGCAUUAUACCUAGAGGAAAGAGAUUAUCUUUAAGCAGCAGUGUACAAACUAAUUGUCUAUAGGUCUUUUUUCAUAUGCUAGAUGAAUUCUAAAAAGGCAAUACUCUUACUCAUCUUCAUCUCUUCUUGUGACUGAUGAGCAUCUAAACAGAAAAAUGUAUUGCUAUAACUUUGAGCAUGUUUUAGGCUAUCUCAGCAUACAUUUGCUGAAAACAGGAUAAAGUGGAGAAGACCACUGUCCUUUUUAAGACUGGCAUAUAUUCACCAAAACCAGUAUUUCUUAGUUGCUACUAUAAUCACAAAGAGAACGUUAUUAAGUCUUUCUUUUUUUGUUUGUUUCUUUCACAAAACACUUAUCGGUUCCAAAAAAAGAACUGUGUUACAGGACUGUAGUAGUAAUAAUGUAUUCUGUCCUUCAGUCUAAAAGGAAGUUUGUCCUAUAUCUGAGGAGGAGUAAUUUAACUGUUGGUUAAGAUAUAAUGAAGAAAAAUUUUGAUUUGGAAAGAUCUGUUACUUAAACUUAGAAACACAAGAUUUCCAAUUUUAAAGCAGUGCUUGUUUGCUGCUGUGCAUGCCACUGAAGACCUGUUUCCAGCUGCACAUGUGUACCAAGUUAACCCAAUUUCAGGCUAGAUCAGUCUAUAGACUCUGGAUCAAACCAUAAUUAAUGGACUGGUAGCACUGGAAUAUCUUUCCACUUGUUCUGAUUUUUUGGGUUUGGUCAUGGCUGUUAUUAUACAAGGCAUCACCUUGGCCAGGAAAAUGAGGGUUGAACUACCAGUUUUUUCAUGUCCCACUAGAAUGGUGGAGUUUCCUUGGAAAAAUAUCAGUACAGAACUUCACACAAGUUUUGUUAAAUUCAUGUGUGACUUUUUUCAGUUAGUAUUUGGGGCUCUCAUUCAAAGUAUUGUCCCCUUUUUCUAGUAUGUUGUGUCUGAUGCAAUGGAGGAGCUGUAGAGGCAUAAGAAAAUGACCUUGUCUGCAGAGAGCUAGCAGGAAUCCUUUGCACUACUGGAAAGAGUACCAGUGUGAUGUUGGUUUUCUGUGUGGCAAAAGCUGGGAUUCCACUGUAAAUAAUAAGUUGCCACAGAGUUUCUGUGUGAAUUGCAUCCAAGCUGUAGAUGAUAAUACAUCUACUGACAAAAAAGAACUAGCAUAUAUAAUCUCAUAUAUUACAGAUCUCUGCAGAGCUGGAACACAAAACAGACUUAUUGUCCUCUGCUUUUCACCAUUCUGUAUUGGUGUCAUAUGGUAAAAAGCAGAGUGCAGUACACUGAGUCACCUACUCCCAUCUCUGCAAAGUGCAAGGCAAGGCAUAUGCAUCCCACAAAAAAAGACCACCAUUAUGUAUUUUCUAAUAGCUGAAUUCAAAAUCUUCUCAAGCUGGCCAUUUCAAUCACCUUUUCAACCAAGUCAUCUGCAAUAUCACCCUAAUUCCCCAUUAAUCACUGUUGGACCUGCUGAUGAAAACUGACCUGGGCCAAUUUGCAACUCCUGUGAUCUGUCUGUAAGUAAAAAUGAAAAUUUAUUUGCAAUUCAGACCUGCUACAAGGAGUUUCAUAAAUUAAUAUAACAGGCCAAGCUUUGCAGUAUUUAAAUGGCUCAGAAUCAGACACUGAAUUUCUCUUAGUGUACCCAACUAUUAGAUUUUGCUGUAGGUUAUCAGAUUCACAGAAAAAGUGCAUGUUGCAAGAUUGUGCCUACUUAUAGCUGGUUUUGAGAUAAACCUCCAGUUUUUCAGGAAAUUAGGUGAUACUGACCCUACAAGAAUGUAAUUCUUCAAGUAAACAUGACCCUACAGAAACAAUAAUUACAGAAGAGAUUUGGAAGUAAGUUUUCUCUUCAGUUGUUUGACUUCUGUUAGAGUUGUAUGAAGACCCUAGGAUGACAUGCACUAAAGCCUGUGUGGAAAUUCUGCUUCUUUUAUCUGGUUCCUUCUGCAGCUUCAUUAACUUAUCUGGAGUUCAGGGGAUACAGAUAGGUUCAGAACUCAAGCCAGUAGUUUUACUGCUGAUACUUCCAUCAGGAAAGGGCCAAGUGAGUAGGCAACUUUUAUAUGACUCCAGAAACAAGUCUGAAGCAGGUGGGCUGAUAUAGGCAUGCUGAUUUAGGCAUGGUCAACAUGUGACAUAAAGGCUGCUCAUACAUCACCUUACUUCAUGAACCAAAUUCACAAAAAUAAACUGCACAAUCUUUUCAGCCCUGUCCCAGGCCCUGCUCUGAGAACACCAAUAUUUGGCAUGCAGAAUUAUACUGUCUAAGCCCCUUAUACUGUCUCAGAGAAAAUUCUCCAGGCUCUUUCUGGAGAAUGAAACUGGAUUUUGACAACUUCAUUUACCAA